UCGUGUCUGCGGAGGAGAGGCUCAUAAAUGUGCACCAAGUCUCGGUGCUCGUCGCGCUAAAUUGUCUCAGCCAGUGACAAAAAGGCAAAAAAGUCCGAACGAAAUCGGAGCGGUUCCGGUUUUGGUGUUCCGUCCGACUCUCUCCGGUCUAUUUUCACCGCCAUGGGACAGAAUUAAAUGCGACGUGCUGAACAGAUGAAAGUACUGCCCCCGUCGUGUCUGCAGCUCCCAUCUGCCGCCGUGAUGGACCGCAUCCCACUGCCCCUGCCCUUCUCGCCCGACCUGCUGUGGCGCUACCCCCUGUCCUUCCCCGGUGGCCAGCAGAACCAGCAACAGUCCCAGUUCAAUGGGUCGUCCUCACAGCAGCCCAGCCUCGACCUCAAGACGCAUUUGCCUUCCAGUUUGGCCUCCGACCCGCGCCACUGGUCGCGCGAAGACGUGCUCGCCUUCCUCAGGUGGUGCGAGCGCGAGUUCGACCUGCCCAGGUUCGACGCCGACACCUUCCAGAUGAAUGGCAAGGCGUUGUGCCUCCUCACGAAAACAGACCUGAAUGAACGUGCGCCUGGCGCCGGCGACGUCCUGCACAACGUGCUGCACAUGCUGAGCAAAGAGGCGCAGAACCAGGCUGUGGCGGCCGCGUGCGCCGCCGCCGUGCGGGCGCUGCCCUCAAGUCCGGUGACGCCGACGGCCCGGCUGGCGUACGGCCCGUGGCAACUGGACCUGCACUCGCUGCAGGGCCACCUGGCGCAGGCCGGCAACUCGGUCACCCUGAGCCCGGCGCCCUCCACCGACAGCCAGCAGGGCUCGCCACAGCACCACACGGCCGCCGCCGAGCAGCAAACGGCCGCCGCCACGCACUUCCUCUACAGAAACUCAGACAACGAGUCCGAAGAGGAGACGUACCGUGAGAGCUCCAGCCCCAGGCGCUCCCCCGACAGCAGAAGACCCCCGGCCGUCUCCGUCCCACCCCCGCUCUCCCCCAAGGAGUCCACGCUGUCCCCCACCACACCCACACUGCCCUUCAGCCCCGGACUCAGCCCGGGCUUCAGAGGCGCCAGGGAGUUCUUCCCCAGUGACGCUUCCCCCACGCCUGAGCCCAACACAAAUGGUAGACUUCUGUGGGACUUCCUGCAGCAACUGCUGAACGACCCUGCUCAGAGGUACACAAGUUACAUUGCCUGGAAGAGCCGCGACACCGGCGUCUUCAAGAUUGUGGACCCCGCUGGUCUGGCCAAGUUGUGGGGCAUCCAGAAGAACCACCUAUCCAUGAACUACGACAAGAUGUCCAGAGCUCUGCGCUACUAUUACCGCGUCAACAUCCUGCGCAAGGUCCAGGGCGAGCGCCACUGCUACCAGUUCCUGCGCAACCCCAGCGAGCUGAAGAACAUCAAAAACAUCUCGCUGCUGAGACAACAGGUGGCCGCCUCGCAGCAGCCCUCCUCGCCGCCCGGCCGCUCCUCUGCGGUCAAAAUGGAGGCCGCAGACUACAGCGACAUGCCCACCGACCUGAGUAUGGAAGGACCCACUGACCUGAGCAGCCGGUGUCCUCCGUCGGACCUGCUCGAGCUGCGGUGGGGCAAGCCACAAGACGACGCCAUCAAGUCCGAGUCGUCCGACUAACAAGCCCAACGAGACAUUCCCACAUUUGGAAAAUUUGAUGAUUAAUUCAUUACACUGGCAAUCAACCAAUUGACAAUUUGCAAUCACAAAACAACUGAGAAGCACUUGUUGUGAUACGAUUUAAAGCCAACUUUAUAUAGCUAGGACGUCUCUCGUGCCAUUUGUAGAGGACAGGUUUUAUUUGAGAGUGGCUGGCCUGUCAACUGAUUUUUUUUUCUCGAAACCGAUUCAACUGAUUCAAGAGUUCUGUUUUAUGUACAUAUAUAAAAACUGGACACCAGCUGAUUUUAUAUUCUACGAUGUGUAUUUUAAAUGAAAAUGUAUUUUCUUUCUUGAAAGGAGAAAGUCCUCCUCCGAUCGACUGACGAUGUCAGAAAAGCAGCCCUGGCUAGACCGAGGCUGCGCGAAAUUUCAGUGGCAAUGCCACAUUAAACAAGUGGUUAUUUUGUACGAAGAAGCAAAAAUGUUUUGUUUUGCCACUAAAACUUGCGAGGUCUUCCCUGUGAUCAGAUCCAAUUGCUAAAUCCAACUGUAAAUCUUUGUGAAAAAUAUACUAUUAGAGAGAAAACCUGAUGAUGAUGUGUAUAUAUUUAAAGUGAAAAAGAAGAAAGAGGAUUAUUGAGAGAGAGAGAGAGAGAGAGAAAAGUACACACAGAAAAUAGAUUAUAUAUUGAGAUAUAUUUAAAACUGCAGUGCUUUUAAUAAAGAGGUGAGUUAAGAGAUAAUGCUUAAUCUUAAUUAGUUGUUAAUGUUCCCUUUCAAUUUCUCAUUUCCUCAGAAUUUGUUAUUGGUUGUAUAGAUCAUUUUGACGGUGUGAGGGUCUUGUCUUAACGAUUGCAUGCUAACACAUGAAAACACUCGAUCACCAUAAUUAUAUUUUUACUCCGUGUAUAACAAAACAAAAUCGUCAGACGUGUUUUUGCUCAAAUUUCCUAUUUUUUUCUCUGGAUAACCAACUUUUCAAUUCACUACAUAGAUUGAGCACCUAAUUAUUUUGUUGAUUAAUUGCUUUUUAGGAAGGCAGCUGCUACCUGUCAUUUACGAUUGUUGCUGUUCAAAUUUGAAAAAGAAAGGAAAAUGCCUAAUUAUAUUUCCUGAAUGAAGCGAGGAGUUAAAUUUGUUAGAUGUUUAAAGAUCUCAUGGCUUGGUUUAAACAAAAAGAUCAUUUAACUUUGCAUGUUGUGAAUUUUGUAUUUUGGAGAGAAAUUAAAGUGUACACAAAAUGAAAUGAGUACUAUUACUGUAGCUGUACUGUGUUUCAUGCAGUUUCAAAAUUAAAAACGGACAUUAAAUUGCAAAGAGGUCAA